UCAGCAACUAAAGUUACUAAACGCAAGUUUUGGGUUGUGUUUUUGGAGAGAAGAAAAAGAAGAGAAAAGAAAAGAAAAAAUGGGAGCAGAAGACGAACAAAAGCAAGAGAACGAACAAUCAAGGACCAAUCCAAUUACGGAAUCCCAGUUCCUCGCUUGGAAGCGCCAAAAGGAUGCAGAUGCAUCAGCUAAGAAAGCUGAGGCAGCUAGGAAACGUGCCGAAGAUAUAGCAGCCGGGACGGUGCAAAUGAAUGGACGGGAGCUUUUCUUGCAUGAGCCUUGGGUGUUUGAUAACUCUCAAUAUUAAGGUUAGUUUCAAGGAAAGACCAUGUAAUGUUGAUUUGAGCAGGACAUAGUGUUUAAAGGCUCUGAUGACGCUCAAAUUUCAAGUCUUUUGGCUCUGUUUCUUCAAGAGAAGGCAAAAUUGGUCCUAUGGAAAGAAACAAGUAUUUCUGGUUCUUGGUUACAUCGUUGAUAGUGUAUCUUAAGUCAUUUUACCGUUUUCCCUUUGUUUGGUUUGGUGUGCUAACUUUGUUAAUACUUAAACUAUCAGUAUUAAUUGAUUAUUGCCAUUUUUUUGAU